AUGGCCUGGCGCAGACCAUUCAGCGGUGGUGAAGCCGAGGCUGCCACUGUGCUAGAGGGCCAGAGGGAGGAGAUUGCCGAUGGCAACACUCACUACAUUGCUGAGAAGGGAGGCAACAAUGCUCAAGCUACCUAUCAGGAUGCCACUGGUGCUCCAGUUGAGAAUAACUCUCCUCUGGGUUACUCGGUCGGUCCUGUUACCAUCACCUUGCUCAACAUUACCAUGAUGAUUGGCGCUGGUAUCUACUCGACACCAUCUUCAAUUCUGUCUGGUACCGGCUCUGUUGGUGUCAGUUUUGUCUACUGGACUCUCGGUUAUCUGCUGUGCAUGGCCUCUGGAGCUGUCUACCUCGAGUUUACUGCCUACUUCCCCAGUCGAUCCGGCUCCGAAGUCGUCUUCCUCGAACAAGCCUACCCUCGUCCCAUGUGGCUCUUCCCUACAACCUUUGCCGUGCAGAGCGUCAUCCUCUCGUUUGGAAUCAUGGCCAACUAUCUAUGGGCUAUUUCUGGACACGAAGGCACCAACUGGCAGAUCAAGGGCACGGCUCUAGCUUGCUACACUCUUGCCACUCUGACCCUCGUGUUCAACACCAAAUACGCCUACUGGUUCUCCAACGCCGUCGGAAUCGUCAAGGUCUGCACUAUCUUGUUCGUCAUCAUCACCGGAUUCGUCGUCCUCGGCGGCAACACCAAAGUUGAGAACCCCACCGCCAACUUCAAGGAUGCGUGGUCUGGCAGCUCCAAUGCAUCAGCUUAUGGCAUGACCAUUGCCCUGUACCGUAUCAUCUUCUCUUAUGGAGGUUAUAACAACGCCUUUAACGUCGCCAACGAGGUCAAGAACCCUGUGCGAUCGCUCAAGAUAUAUGCCACUAUCGCCUUGACUACUGUGUAUAUCCUAUAUAUGUUUGCAAAUGUUGCAUUUUUUGCUGCUGUCCCUAAGGAAGACCUCGAGAACUCAGGCCUCACAGCCGCAAGCCUCUUCUUCAAAGCCGUUUUCGGAGAUAGCGGAGCUGUCCGUGGUCUCAACUUCCUCAUCGCACUUUCCUCAUUCGGUAAUAUGAUCGCCGUCAUCAUCGGCCUAUCCCGAAGAAUCCGAGAGUCUGGCCGACAAGGUGUCUUGCCUUUUACUAGGUUUUGGGUUUCCACAAGGCCAUUUGGAACGCCUUUGGGACCGUAUCUCGUUAUCUGGUCGCUUACAGCUCUGAUGCUUCUUGCUAUUCCCGCUGGAGAUGCCUUCACUUUCGUCAACGAUCUCGGCAUCUUUCCUUCAGCUGCCUUCAACCUGGCCAUGGCUGUCGGUCUCUACGUCGUUCGCUGGCGCCGAAGCAAGGCCAACCUGCCCGAGUCUGAGUUUAAGGCGUGGCACAUUGUCAUCAUCUUUAACAUUCUGAUUCAGCUCUACCUUCUCAUCAUGCCCUGGUACCCUCCCGAGGGCGGACAGUAUGCCGGAGACGUCAGCUUCUGGUAUGCUACAUAUGCCGUCGUUGGUAUUGCAAUUCUUCUUAUCUGCGGUGGAUACUACUGGCUCUGGGCCUCCCUUCUUCCCAAGUGGAAGGGCUACCACCUUCGACAGGAGCUUGUCAGCUUCGAGGACGGCGCUCAGAGCAACCAGCUCCGAAAGGUUCCCAACGCCGAGAUUGCAGAGUGGGAUGCCACCCACGAUGCUGCCGGACGUCGCAUCGAGCCUUCUGCUACCUCGACUGGGAUCCAAAUUCAAGAAAAGGGUGUUCGAACUUCCUCUGAUGAUAGCAACUCGGAUUCAGCCAAGAGGGUCAAUACUCUUCGGGAGACACAGUUCUAG